GGUUGGAUCCUGGUCUAGACAGCUCAGAGGAGUUUCUCAUGACGACGCUGCCUAUGCCGACGGGGCACACGCUUAGUCCGGAGGAGGCGACGUUGCUCAUGAAGCAGGCAGUAGAGCAAGUCCAGGAUACCCUGAGCAUCCCGGCUGACACUGCUCAGCAUCUCCUCAUGCACUGCAGGUGGAAUGUGGAUUUCCUGAUCCAGUGCUACAUGGUUGACUGCGAGAAAUUGCUAUUUGCAUCAGGGCUACAAGUACAGGGCGCUCAGCACCCUCCGAGCCCAGGAAUGCACUGCCCAGUGUGCAUGAACCAGCUGUGCCCCGCUGAAAGCCCACCAACUCUCUGCUGCAUGCACUACUGCUGCAAGCCCUGUUGGAGUGAGUAUCUCACAACCUGUAUUGAGCAAAACACAGUCCUCAAAUGCACCUGUCCCAUUUCUGAGUGCUGCGCGCAGCCGACUGCAGCCUUCAUCCGUUCUAUCCUUUCUUCUGAGGAGGUCGUAGCCAAGUAUGAAAAAGCCGUUCUCAGAAGCUAUGUUGAAUGUUGCUCCAAUCUGACAUGGUGCACCAACCCGCAAGGCUGCGAUCAGAUCCUUUGCAAGGAUGGCCUUGGCUAUGGGGAGGCCUGUUCCAAGUGCUCCUGGGUAUCCUGUUUCAGCUGCAGUUUCCCAGAGGCACAUUACCCUGCCAGCUGCAACCACAUGUCUCAGUGGGUGGACGAUGAUGGCUACUAUGAGGGAAUGACAAGUGAAGCCCAAAGCAAACACCUGGCUAAACUCAUUUCCAAACACUGCCCAAACUGCCAGGCUCAGAUAGAGAAGAAUGAGGGCUGUCUGCAUAUGACGUGUGCCAAGUGUAAUCACGGCUUCUGCUGGCAUUGCCUCAAGCCCUGGAGGCCGACCCAUAAGGAUUAUUACAACUGCUCUGCUAUGGUGAGCAAAGCAGCUCGGCAGGAGAAACGUUUCCAAGAUUACAAUGAGAGAUGCACCUUUCACCAUCAGGCAAGGGAGUUUGCUGUGAGUCUGAGGAACCGGGUUUCUUCCAUCAGCGAGAUGCCAGAAAUUAGAACUUUGACCUUUGUUCUUGAUACCUGCAAAGUGUUGGAGCAGGCGCGGAAGGUGUUGGCCUACUCCUGUGUGUACAGCUACUAUAGCCAGGACACUGAGAGGGUGGACAUCAUGGAAGAGCAGAUUGAGAGCUUGGAGCUGCACACCAAUACUCUGCAGAUCCUACUGGAGGAAACACUGCUGCAGUGUCAGGAUCUGGCCUCCUCUCUCCAGCUCCUGAAAGCAGAGCAUUUCAGCACUGGUUUGGAAUUGUCGCACCGGAUUCAAGAGCGUCUCUUUGCGGUUCUCUGGCACUCCACACAGGAUUUCUGUGUUGGGCUCCAGGUUUUGACAGAUCCUGGUCAGAGUAAGGUGAAAAUCUCAAAUGUGCCUGCAGAAGCCCCUGAUUUUAUAGGGCCAAAGCCUGCCGUUUUACCUGACUCCCCUGACGCAGACGAAGAGGAGGAUGAAGAUGAAGAGUGUGAACCACAGUGGCAGGAAGACUAUGAUGAUGAUGACGACCUUGAUGAAGACAAUUUUUUGUUUGACGAUGAGUCAGAUAACCUUGAUCAUGAUUCUUACUAUGAUGAUGAUGAUGUCUAUGACUAGAGCUGGGUUGUCACCA